UGCCAUCACCGUAUAGAAGGGGCUCACCAAUUGACUGUUUCCCUUCUUUCUAGGUCUACGUCAAUAUUCUCUAGUCAGAAGUCGUCACUUACUGAAGAAAGUUUAGAGAAACAAACGUCUGCAUAUCGCCAAGAAAUGUCAAAUAUUCUAUGGAACGGAAGGGUAAUACUCCUAGCAGUAGUUGUAGCUAUAAUCCCUCUUUUUCUUUCAGUUGUUUUUACAAAACCAAAGCAGACGGAAGUAAGUUUCCCUCGACCUGAACAACAAUUAUUUCCCAUGGCCACCGAGAUAUUUGGAGUGAAGAUUGAAAAGAAUCCUCCUGAAUCCAGACUCAAUGAACUUGGUGUUCGAGCGUGGCCCACGUGGGAAGGCAGUCCAAGCAAAUAUCCGUGGAAAUUCUCUGCCACAGAGACUAUGUAUCUGCUGGAGGGCAAAGUCAAGGUUUAUGUUGAUGGGCAUGAAGAAUCGUUUGAACUUGGGGCUGGUGACUUGGUUGUGUUCCCAAAAGAAAUGAAGGUUACUUGGGAUGUCACUGAAGCUGUGAAGAAGCAUUAUAGCUUGGAAAAGUGAUGUUUCUAAGCAUUGCACAGAUGCUGAUUGAGAAUAUCUUCUGUGAACUGAAUGGUACUAUCUAUGUCGUUGUAGUUUUUACUUAAAACUUUGAAAUUGGAUAACUGAAUAUGUUGGAUUCU